AAAUAUCAAUCAUCUUUCUUUUCUCUCUCUAUAACUUCAAAUAGAUAUCUGCAAGAAGAAUGUGGUAUUUUGGAUGGUUUAUAAUUAUUUGUGCUACAAAUUUAACCUUAUUUACAUCCGCCGACAGAAUAAUUAGCUUUCCCGGUCAGCCACAGGUUGAUUAUCAGCAAUUUUCCGGUUACAUCGCCGUUAAUGAAGCCGGCGCCGGCCAUGGAAAAACAGACAGAUCCCUUUUCUAUUACUUUGUUGAAGCUCAAACUGACCCAUCUUCAAAACCACUUGUUCUAUGGCUUAAUGGAGGUCCGGGUUGUUCAUCAGUUGGGGCUGGAGCAUUUUGUGAACAUGGACCUUUUAAGCCAAGUGGAGAUGUGUUGAUUAAGAAUGAAUAUAGUUGGAAUAAAGUUGCAAAUAUGUUAUAUUUGGAGUCACCAGCAGGAGUUGGUUUCUCAUACUCUACUAAUGACUCAUUCUAUAAAGGGCUGAAUGAUACAAUAACGGCUAGAGAUAAUCUUAUUUUUCUCGAACGAUGGCUUGAAAAGUUUUCCGAAUAUAAGAACCGCGAUUUCUUCUUGACCGGGGAGAGCUACGCAGGUCAUUAUGUUCCACAAUUAGCACAGUUGAUCCUUGAAUCCAAACAAAAGUUAAACCUAAACCUCAAGGCCAUAGCAAUAGGAAAUCCACUUUUGGAGUUCGACAUUGAUUUAAACUCAAGGGCAGAGUUCUUUUGGUCACAUGGACUUAUAUCAGAUUCAACAUAUGAUCAGUUCACUAGGGUUUGCAAUUAUUCCCAGAUUAGGAGACAAAUUCAAUUAACUCGCGCUUUAACCCCUGUUUGUAAAAGAGUCAUCACUCUUGUCCAAUCCGAACUCAGUUCCUAUGUUGAUAAAUACGAUGUAACUCUUGACGUCUGCUUGUCGUCGUCUAUCCUAUCUCUACAAGCCGCCACUCUCGAUCAAUUGCAAGAUCCACAACAGGUCGAUGUAUGCGUAGAAGACGAGACGAUGAAAUACCUUAAUAGGGCAGAUGUACAAAAUGCUUUCCAUGCCAAGCUUGUUGGUGUACUUAAUUGGACCAUUUGUAGCGAUGUUGUAGAUUACCAAGUUAACAACCUAGAGACGCCAAUUGCUCCGGUCCUAAGCUUUUUAUUGAAAUCCGGAACAAGAGUCCUUGUUUAUAGUGGGGAUCAAGAUUCGGUUAUCCCAUUAACUGGGACUCGCACGAUUGUCAAUAUGUUGGCCAAAGAUUUGGGAUUGAACACGAGUGUGCCAUACAAGGCAUGGUUUGACGGUAAACAAGUUGCUGGAUGGACACAAGUGUAUGGGGAUGUGCUCUCCUUUGCAACAAUAAGAGGGGCUGCUCAUGAAGCUCCAUUCACGCAGCCAAAGAGAUCUCUUGCUCUUUUCACUACAUUUUUGGGUGGAAAACCCUUGCCCGGGUCGCCACUUCGUUGACAAUAAUGUUGACACGAUAAAGAACUUGUUAAAACUCUCGAUCCGAUCUCUCGUCCAAUCCUUGAAAUGAAAAACGUGUUUGGAAAAAGUAAAAAAAUAUAUUUACAUUUGCUUGUCAAUGAUCAAGUUAGGCUAUAUAUUGUGUUCUAAGUUUAGAUUUUCCUUUUGAAGUGAGAUUAUAAUUUCUACAAUUUACUUUGAUUAAUUAGUAAGUGUAAGGUUGUUGUCAUUUAUGAGCAUACUUGUUACCAAAAGAAUUCAAAUGUACCCUUGUAACCCUUCUAAUUGAAUAUUAUUGUGAUUUGAAAUAA